GCUGAUUACGAAUCAGCACAGAAACUUUUAAUAUUGACUGAAAAGCGUGAAGUUGUUAAACCAAAAGUUUUAGAAGUGGAAGAGCUGAAACCGUUGAGUGAGAUCGAAGUGAACGUUUGCUUUGAUGCAGAUAUUUUUGGGCAUUACAAAAGCGAUGUUUUUGAAGUUUCUACCGAAUGUCUAUCUUCUGAAAUUGUGCAGAAGACUAUUCAUAUGAAGUCGCGUAAAAUUGUCAAACGAUCGGAAUCAAUUGAGGAUAUUUUGAAAUUGCCCCUUGAGGUCGAGAACAACGUUUGCUUUGGUUUUGAAUUUCGUCGAGGUCUUGAGAGUGACGUUGUCGAUGUUUGCUUUGCGGUCUCUGAUUGCAAAUCGCUACAGGAAACGGUCAAAUUAGAGAAAGUACGUGCAAUCGUGAAGCCGGUUGAAGCUACUAUCAUGAGUGAGAUGCAAGUACCUGUUACUGCGAGGGAAGUUCAUGUCGAUUCUGACGUUGUCAAAUCUGCUGAAGUCGAUGCUAUUAACGUUUCGUGUAAAUGUUCGAUUUUCGACUCGAUAGAAGAAAGUGUCUUGCUGGAGAAAUCGAGAAAUAAUGAUGUUCAUGCUUGCAUGCAAUUCCUUCCUGGUUCAAAUAAGCUGCCUCAACAGGAAUCGAGUAUUGUAGUUAAGCUCGAGAGAACAUGUGGCCAUGAUUUUUCUGAUUCCGUUCUUAAUCUGUCUGAUUUCCUCUUCUGUAGUGUGCAUUUGAAGUGGCCAAUUAAAGUUAAAGAUAUUCACAGACCCGAAAGGCCCAAGUAUUUAGGUCAGUUGGAACCAAAACGUUAUGAUGAGAUUCCCGUUGUAACAGUCGCGGUCAGUUUUGAAUUUGUGAAGCAGAGGACACAAAAAAUAGGAGUCGGUAGUGUUUUUAAUUCUGAGCGGUCAACGGAACAAAUCGAACUUACGGAGGAUAUAGUAAAGUUAACUUGUCAUAUGCAUGCUGUAAGGCAUUUUUCUAUCUUCGACAAAUGUACUGUUUUCAAUUUAUGUUAUUGUGGUGUCCAGACUGAAAGCACAAAUUUUGCUGUCAAUAAUUCAUUGGAAUCUGUUCAGUUGACAGAUGUGCUCUUACCGGAGAAAGUUUUCAUUAAGAUUGCCGCUCAUCUCAAAGAACAAAUCAGAAAAACGGUGUCAACAGUGCAAAAGCCAGCACUGAUUGCACAUCCUCAGUCCGUGAUAGCUGACAUUGAUGUGGAAGCAGGAGAAGAACUGGCAACAACAGAUGCUAUUGUGGACGUAUUAACAUCAUUUGAUAAAACGAAUUUAUCAGUGACUGAAGUUUCAUGGGAUGAGAUUGAUGUCAAAGUUUCAUUAGAUGCAGUGAUGGAUGAAGAAUUCAUUGAAGCGACUGGACCAACGUUUCACUAUCAGCUGGUUUCAUUGGUGGUCAGUAUUCCCUCAGUGAUGGUUUCACGUUUAAUUCAUGAAGUUAACACACUUAAUCUGCAUGAGCAAGCUGAAAUUGUAGUGGCAAAACGUAGCGAUACUGAAAUGCAAAAGCUUAGUAUAAGGUUGCAGAAAGAAACCAAAAUUGAAAGAAUGAUGGACGAAAAAUUGAACGAAAUUACUGAGGAAAAGAAACAGAAGCUUGCGAAAAAGAGAGGAAAGAAAACAUCCGAAGGGUUCAAAGGGAUCAAAACAGAACAGCAGGAUGAAUAUGAGAAUUUUACAUUCAUUUUACAACAAAAAAGCAUAGAAAGUGACGUACCAUCUAUCUCAGAGUUGACUGUACCACUGAAAAAGAUGACAAGGAAAGCAUCAGAAGCGGAAUUUGAAAUGGAAUCUGAUUUAAAAACUACUUCUGAAGAUGACGCUUCAACCUAUACACCUAGUGCAGAAGAUAAAGCUGAAAAAGAAAUUGGUGAGAAAAAGAAAAAAAUACCAAAAGCGCUUGUUAUCCCUGCAGAAAUCAAUUCGAAGUAUGGGGAUAAGAGUGUGCUUGUAUCACAAACGAUUGUGACUACGGAAGUGACUAUGAACGAAGAAGUAGCAAAAGUUGAAGCAUCACCAAAAAGUUUACUUUCUGCUACAUUUUCAACAAAAAUAGAUUCUGUUAAACGUGGUAAAUCUGCUAGUCACAAAUUCAGUUUCAAAGGUGAUACUGAACAUGACCAAACUGGCUUACCACCAGUACCUAAAGCAAAAGAAGAAACAAAAGAUGUAGAACUUGUAUUUGGACAGAGUGAGGGGCAAGAAAAUGCGGAAAGAAUCCUUCUUGCCCAACUUGUUGAAGAACUUGCAGUAAUUGUUCAAGCUACUUCAAAGAUGCACGAGCAAAGGAAGAGAACGGGAGAAGAAGAAUUGGAUAGAAAGGAGAAAAGCUCUGAAUUGACUGAAAUAAUAGCAACGUUUAACGGCGUAGAACAACUUGAAGUUUUUGAAAUAAUUGCUUUGCACAUAUUAAGUGAAGGAACUGCAUUAAAGGUACAAAUGAGAGAUCUUAAAAAAGGCAAAAAGUUACUCAAAGUGCCAGCAAUGGAUGACAAGAAGAUUCAUAGUGAAGAAGAGAAGAAGAAAAUUCAACCAUCGAAAGACAGAAAGACUGAGGAAGAUGACAAAUUGGUUACAAAAGAGAAAUUUGAAGAGAUAUGGUUGAAUUUCGAAACAGAAAAAUCAACUCACAUUGUGAAAUCAGAAGAAUAUACUGAAUUUGAAGUUAUUAUAAAAGAACACACUGAAAAAAUUGACUUGACAGUAAAUUCUCAAGUGAGUAGAAAAGUUAGAAAAGUUAAGAAACCCGUAUUCACAACAGAUGAUACUUUAGAAGACUUUAAUGCUACAGAUCUCACACUGAAACUUCCAAGUAAACAGAGAGAUGUUGCAGAAGCAAUUGAAACAUCUGUUUCAGUUAAUUUACCUUUGGUUAGGAAGCUAUCUGUUUACGAUGAAUUAGCUAAAUUAGAAGAAGCACCGAGUACUGUAAAAAGUAAGCAGAAAGAAUCGUAUGACAGCGUAAAGAAAAAGCGUUUAGGAUUUCUUCAGAUUCCGGAGCAGGAAAUUAUUGCGUUACGUGGUGAUACUGUUACAGUAGAAUGUGAACUGGUUGAUCAAAGUGAUUUCUUGUGGCUUAUCAAUAAUAAAACUGUAGAUCAGAAUUCAAAAUGUGUUGAAGAAGUCGAUGAAUUGGUAAGAAGAUUAAAAAUAAUUAAUAUCGCACCAGAAGACAAUGAGACGAUUAUAACUGCAAAAGCUGGUGAUGUUGUUGCUGAAACGGUCAUACACGUGGAAGAUACGCCAGCAGAAAUCACUGAGCGCUUACCGCGUCGUAGUUUUGGCAGAUGUGGAAAAGAUGUGACACUUUCUGUUACUGUAACUCAUCCUGCACAUACCGUCGUCUGGAAGUUCAAUGGAGAAGAACUGCCAAAUGAACCAGAAAAAUAUGUCACUACUAAAGACAAUAACAUUUACACGUUGAUAAUCAAAGAUGCUACUUACGAUAGCGCUGGGCGUUACUCUGUACAAAUAGAUUCAUCUGAAACUUCUACAGUUCUUGUUAUGCAAGGAGCGCCUGUUGUUGAAAACCAAAAGCCUGAAAAUAUUAACUUUGACAUUUACGAAAAUUUAGUUUUAAACAUUCCUUAUAAAGCAGAGCCCGAACCAACAGUCGACUGCUUUUUCAAUGGAAAACCACUAUUUCUGGGAACAAAGCUGCAACUAGAAAUUACCAAUGAUUUGAUACGACUUUGCAAACGAAGAACUAGUAAGGAUGAUUCUGGCGAAUAUACUUUCAAAAUUAGUAAUGAAUUCGGCAGUGUUACCACAACAUUCAAUGCUGUUAUAAAAGGCGUACCUAAUGUUCCUCAAAACUUGCGAUACACGAAUCCCUUCGUAGACAAAGUAGGCUUGGAAUGGGACGCACCAGUUGAUGAUGGAAGCGGUGAAAUUACGGGAUACCUCAUUCAGAAGAAGGAAAUUCAUCAUCGAGCAUUUCAUCGAGUUCUUCAGGUACAAGAGAAUAAAACCAGUUGCCUAAUUGAAGAACUUGACGCGGAUACUGAAUACAUUUUCCGUAUUGCUGCCAUUAAUAAGUAUGGCAUAGGAGAAUUUGCUGAAUUUCCAAUUAUACGUACUUCUGUUGCAACAGAAGAAUCAAAAGAAAAACCAGAAUCGGAGGAAAGUAUACGAGAGCAACUAUAUGAACAAGAAUCACUGGAAAAUGUUGAAAUUGAAAUAGUAGAGAAACUGAAGUCGGAAAAGGAGAGAGAAAUCACUGUAUAUGAGAUAUUUGAACCUCACGAAACAAAAUCAGCGAAAGUUGAGAAAAGUAUAGAGGAAUGCCAAGUUAUGAAGGUUUCAGGUAAAGUCGACAAGAUACAAGCAGUUUCACUUGAAGAGAGAUCAGUUCUCCCUGAAUCUGAUAAUAAAACCACUUUGACGGAAAAACAGGAACUUGAGAAAUUAGAAUCGGCGGCAGAAUCUGAAACGAAGAAAACUUGCGUAGCUCAAAAAGAAAUUGAAAGAUUAGAUACUUCUGUAGUGGAAACUGAGCUUUUGAGUACCACCGAAAAGAGUGAAGAGAUUAGUUUGAAAGAAAAGCCAAAACAUACGAGACAAAAAGGAAUUAAGAAAGAAAAGACUAAAGAAAAGAAAGUUGCAGCUGAAUCUAAAGGAGAGUCACCAGUGAGUGUUGAGAUUCCGACUGAGUACUUUAGCGUGAAACUCAAUGAAGAUAUUGGAGAUGAAACCGUCUUUGAAACAGUAAAAAUUGAAACAGAAAAAGAUAAAAUUGAAAGAGACGUUGAUGAAAAACGCAUAAAGGACAAAGUGAUCGAAGCUGAUUUAUUCCUUCAAAGUACUGCAGCUGUUAGAAAUGUUGAUAAAUGCGUUUCACUUUCGGACAGUGAGGCAGUUGUCUUGAGCUUGAAGGAGAUUGCAGUGGCGAAAAGGAGAAAGUUGAAAAAGGAGGAAAGCGUGACCAGAACAGAGAAUCUUAAAAAGCAUCUAGAAAAAUCAAAGAGUAAGAGAAGUAAAAAAGAUCUGAAAGGAGAAUCUGAUGAUGAAGAUAAAGUUUCGAUCACAUUAGUUGAAGAAACAAUUGACGCAGAAGCUGGAAAAUGGAUCCAUGAACAACUUCUACGGAAACCUGAAGCAGAGAAAACUGAAGAAGAUGCCGAGAAAAAGCAACCUUUUGGAUCGGAUCAUGUAUACGUUAAGAAAGCUAGCAGUCACGACAUAACCAUUAACAUUCCAAGAGUUACGACAUGGGAAACGCCAGAAUCAGAAGAAGUAACACAAAUUGAAGAAGUGCCAUUGAAAACUGCUAUAAGUAGUAUUGGUACAGGAGUUUCAAUCAUACAGCAAGUGCAGAAACGAAGAUAUGGCUUUGCUUCUCCACCUGAUCAAGAAAUCAUGGCAUUCCGGAAUGAUACUGUAAAAAUAGAGUGUGAACUUUACAACGAGAAAGACACGAUUUCAUGGACAGUUAAUGGUAAGUCAGCUACGACUGACACCCGAUGUAAGGAAGUUGUGGAUGGAUAUUUAAGAAUCUUGCAAAUAGAGAAGGUUGUACCAGACGAUACAGGCACAAUCAUCACAGCCAAUGUUGGUGAGCAUUAUGCUGAAAGUCGUUUGGUUAUUAUUGAAAUACCAGCUGAAAUCACAGAAAAGCUACCGCACAAAACUACUGGUAAAUUGGAUAAUCAACUGAAGCUAUCAGUGACCAUAUCACAUCCAACGCAAAACUUUGAGUGGUUCUUUAACAACGAACCAAUAUCUGAAAAUGACGUUCAGUAUGAAGCUUAUCUUGAGGGCAAUAUCUGUGAAUUACUCAUUAAAAACCUCACCUAUGACCAAGCAGGUCGUUAUACAGCAAGAAUAAACUCUGCAGAAACUUCAACUAUUUUAACUGUUGAAGGAAAACCAGUGCUGAUACACGACCAAGCAGAGAUAAAAACAAUUGAUCUUGAAUCUCAAGAGAAUUUAAUGUUGACGAUACCAUUUAAGGCUAUGCCAGAACCAAUUUUAGAAUGUCUUUUUAAUCACGAAAAAAUUUCUGAUAAUUCAAAAACACAACUACAUAUUUUUAAUGAUACAGCAUGUUUCUGUAAACGUAAAGUGAACAGGAAUGAUACGGGUUUGUAUACGAUCAAGAUCAAAAAUGAUUAUGGCGAAGUGUCACAAACAUUCUCCGUUAAUAUCAAAGAUGUUCCUGAGGCUCCUAGUAAUAUACGUAUUGUGGACAUUGACCAUUCCUCAGCUCAAGUAGAAUGGGAUUCACCUAGGAAUGACAGUGGUUGUGCAAUCAAAAAUUAUAUCAUAGAGAAAAAAGAAGCAACACGAAGAACUUAUCACAAAGUUGCUCAGGUGUCAAGCAAAAAGUUACACUACUUCAUGGAUGACCUGAAAACUGAUACUUCGUACACGGUCCGCAUAGCAGCAGAAAACAAAUAUGGAGUAGGCGAAUACGCAGAAUGCUGUCCUUUCAAGACAACUUCACUAUAUAAAGUACCAACUGUGGUACAUCCACCAACUAUUAGCAAUAUUACACAGGAGAGUUGCAUUUUGGAAUGGCCUGAAGUGGCGGAUAAUGGUGGUUCUCCGAUUUAUGGAUACGAUGUAUAUUUAAGAAAAGAUAAUAGUGAAUGGAUGAAACUCAAUGAAGAAUUAAUAUUCAUUAGGCAGUAUACUGUAACUAACAUAGAAGCAGGACCUUGUUACACGUUCAAAAUUGAAGCAACAAAUGAAGCAGGUUUGACGUCAGACUGCAGUGUGUCAUCCGAGCCAAUAACAAUUGCCAAAGCAGUUGCAAAUUUACCUGUUUUGAAUCUUCCAACAAUUGAAGUUAUAAGCGGAAAUGCUGUGCUUGUACACUGGACUGAAGCUGAAAGUGAUGAAUGCAACAUAAUAUCUUACGUUGUCCAAUAUAAGUCAGAAAAAUCAACUUUUUGGACAGCAAAAGAAAUAGAACAUCCACCUGUCGAGAUCGGUGACUUAAAAGAAGGUGUAUCUUAUGUGUUCAAGAUUGCACCUAAAUUUGGUUCAGAAACUGGGGAAUUUUCCGAAGAAACUAUACCAAUACGUGUAAUUGCAGCCAGAAAACCUAAAAUAGUAAAAAGUAUCAAAGAUGUUUCUGUUCCGUGCAAACGUGAGCUUAAGUUGGAAUGUCGUGCAACUGGAGAGCCUACUCCAGAAUACAUUUGGUAUAAAAAUGACCGAGAAAUUAUCCCAACUAGCGAAAAUGUUGAGAUUAUCAGUGAAGGUUAUAUGAGUGUUCUUUUAAUUCAUCAAACAUCGAUGGACGAUGCUGGCUUGUACAAAUGUGAAGUUGUCAACGAUUUUGAUUCUGUAGUUUCCACUGCAACAGUCACUAUUACAGAAGUACGUGCUCAUUUCGUUACUUCGUUUUCGGAAUAUCUCGAAGUUAAUGAAGGAGAAGAAGUUGUAUUUUCUUGCGAGCUCUCUGAUGCUGAUGCAUCCGUUACAUGGUUCAAAAAUGGUAUACAUUUAUCACCUAGUCAUCGGAUAAUUAUUGAAAAAAACGAUGUUGAAAGGAAGCUUAUUAUCAAAGAUGCAGUAGUUGAAGACAGUGGCGAGUAUGAAUGUUCCACGAUUGAUAGAAGAACUCGAUCUCAAGCGGAAUUAGUCGUCAAAGAAGAACAGCCGCAGAUCAAAAGGAGUCCACGAGACCAGAUUGUCACGGAAUUUGGUAGCACUGUUUCACUUACAUGCGAGACUACGAAACCAGUAAAAACUUUGACAUGGUUCAAGAAUGGUAGAGAAAUUAGGUCGCAACCUCAAAAGUUCUAUAUGACUAUGGAAAAAACCAUUGCAACACUAACGAUUUGUGCUCUUGAACCAAGCGAUAGCGGUGAAUAUAAAGCAGUACUUCAUGAAGAUGAACAAAGCGCAACAGCUAAAGUCGAAUUCAAAGUACCACCUCUGAUCAAAUUAGCUAGCAUUCCACCGAAUAAUUUGUUCAAAUUGCAUGCAGGCACCGAUUUUGAUCUUGAACUUCUUUAUGAUGGAUUUCCUGAACCUAAUAUCGUUGUGCUUCUCAACAAUGCACUGCCUGACAAAAAGAGGUUUCGCAUGCAUACUUAUGCGAACAAGUUGUCGUUGCGUUUGAAAGAUAUCAGUCGUAGUGACUCUGGAAUAUUGAAAAUCAUAGUGGAAAAUGAAAUUGACCAAGCGAGCUUGGAUAUUCAACUACAUGUUAUAAGUGUACCUUCUGAACCACUUAAUUUAAGUGCAUCCAACAUUACUGAUCAUUCGUUAACACUAAAAUGGCAGAAACCAGAGAAAGAUAACGGAUCUCCAAUAAUAAAUUAUGUUGUUGAAAGAAAAAUAGCGAAUAUUAACCGCUGGCGUAAUGUUGCAAAACUCGGAUGUGAUGAACAUGAGUUUUUGGUUGAUGAUUUGUAUCCAAAUGAAAACUAUGCGUUUCGAAUUCUGGCAGCAAAUGAAGCUGGAGAGGGAACGCCGAGCAACGUGAUAGAUGUAGCUACUGAAAGUGAAACUGAGAUGGAUAAUCGAAAGAAAUACCAAGUGAGAAAAUUAUUGGAGAAACCUCAAAUUUCAGAAGUUAUUUUAUUUGAAGAUAAUGAUACUGUAGUAAUCAGAUGGAAAGCAGUUGAAAAUGCUGAAGAGUACGUGCUCGAGCAACAGAAUGUGGAUAAUUUGUGGGUUCAAGUCGAUGUUGUGGCAAGCCUUGAAUAUUCUUGUGAUAUAAUGUCUAGUACUAAAUACCGAGUUUUAGCGAAAAAGGGGAAUCAGUUAUCUAUUCCAAGUGAGCCUUCAGAAGUCAUCACUUAUCGUAAAAAUAAAGUCCUAGAAGAAUCCGAACAAGAAACCCCUUCCGAACAAAAAUUAGAAAAACCAAACGAUAUGGAAGAAGUUCAGAAGAAAGCAGAAGUCACAGCAAAGUCUGAAGUUCUUGAUGAUAAAAUAGAUCAGUCAGAAAGUCAAGAUGUGAAUGAGAUGAAUAGAAUUGCUGAAGAACCUGAAGAGAAAGUUGAAAAGAAACAACAACUGAAAUCACAAGAUAAACAAGAAGCAUUAGUAGAAACAGAGAAGGAAGUCGCAAUAGUGCCUGAAAGAUCAGAAGAACCACAGAAAUUAGAGAAGGUGGAAGAAGUUGAUUUUGUCUAUGAAGAAAAUAAUGAGAUAAAAUGUACAACUGAAAAAAUGAUACUUAAAGAAGAAAAAAUUGAUACAGUAAAAGCGAAAUUGGAAAAAGUACCAGAAGAAAUGUCGAAGGAUAAAAAGAAGGAAAAGAAAUUCAAAAGUAAAUCAGACGAAGAGAUUGAGCAGAAAGUAAAGACAGUAAUAUUUGAGAAAGAAAAUAUUUCGAACGAAACUGAAAGUAAGUCCGAGGUCAGAAGAUUUGAAGUUGAAGAGUUUGGUGAAGAUAAGCGCUUUGUUGAAAAGAAGGAGGAAAAACUCAAUGUGAUACCUGUAAAAGGCACCAUUUUAGCUGAGUACGGCACCAAAAAUCUCGAUAUUAAAGUUGAAGUUAAAGGUACUUAUGAGCAGUGUAUUUGGACCAAAAACAACAGAUUAGUAAGCAGGGAACUUGUUCACAAUACAGCUACAAGCUCAGUUCUUCGGAUCGAGCAUGUAGAUGAACAAACAGCGGGCAAUUAUCUGUGCACUGUUACAAAUCAAUUUGAAAAAGAGCAAGCUGAAGUUGUCGUAAUUGUCACAGAUAAGCCAAAAAUAGAGUUUGAUUCUGCAAUAAUUGAAUCGAAAGUUGGUGAACCUAUCAAGAUUCAUGCAGAUAUUGCUGGAUUACCACUACCAGAAUGCAUAUGGCUGAAAGACGGUGCUAAAUUAGUCACGGAUGAUAAUGUUUCCAUUGCAUUUAAAAAUAAUGCUGCUGUUUUAGCGAUUAAAAGAGCUAAUGCUGAAUGUUCGGGUCUUUAUAAACUGAUUGCUGAAAAUUCAAGCGGAAAAACUGAACGUGAGCUCCGUUUAUUAGUCAAAGGAGCUCCAUCAAUUCCUGUUGGUCCAUUAGAAGUGUCCAAUAUAACAAAUGUUUCGUGUAAACUUGCAUGGAAUCAACCACUAUUAGAUGGUAACAGCAAACUACUUGGUUACUGUAUUGAAAAACGGGAUGCUAAGAAGUCAAGUUGGGCAUUUGUUAUGCGUACAACUUCAACAGUUGCUGUGAUAACGGGUUUGUCUGACACGAUAACAUACCGUUUUCGAGUCGCAGCUGAAAAUGCAUUCGGGACUGGACAGUAUUUAGAAAUUGAAAAACCUGUACAACUUGCAAAAAUUAGUACAUCUGCAAAACCACAAAUCGAGAAAGCACCACAGAAUGAAACUUGCAAACUUGGGGAUAGACUUACACUUUGUGUAGAAUUCACCGGUAAUCCUAGCCCGAAAGUUCGUUGGUAUAAAAAUGAUAAAGAAGUUGUCGACGACUUAAAUAUUCAUACAACAAAAAGUGAGACAAAUUCGAUGAUUACCAUCAAGAAACUAUGUCAAAACGAUGAAGGAAAUUAUCAGAUUGUUUUGGAAAAUGAUUGUGGUACUGUUCAGCACAACUUUGAUCUUACAGUGCUCUCUAAGCCAGUUAUUAUUGAUACUGACAAAUACAAAGAACCGCAAGUUUUCAAUAUACAUGAAAACAUCAAUUUCCAACUCAGUUUUACUGGUUAGCC